AUGGCGCUUCCGCGCGGUCGCUACGGCGCUGAGCCUGCUCUUUUGGCCACGAUCUACGUCAUAUCGCCGUCAUCGGAUGUGGCCUCGUUCCGCCCCGCGUCCGUGCGCGCGUACUCGACGUCGCACCUCGCGUCGCUCCUGCGAGAGCUCCCGACCUUGCAGCAGCCGCUGGCGUACAAGAGCCACAACGGCGUGCUCGAGGUGACGCUGAGCGUCGAAGCGACGCGCUUUCACGAUGGUCCGAUUGCGUUCAACUCGCGCAGCUACAACGGCAUGUUUCCCGGUCCGACGCUCUGCGCCAAGCCCGGCGACCUGCUGCGCAUUACGUUGAUCAACCAGCUCGAGCCCGACUUGCCCUCCGAGCACUUGCACAUGAACACGUUUCGGGAUCCGAACACGACGAAUUUGCACUUUCAUGGUAUGCACGUCUCGCCGUCUGGCAUUGCCGACAACGUCCUCCGCACGGUCAAGUCGGGCGAGUCGAUGGAGCUCGUGGUCAAGAUUCCCGAGAACCACCCGCUUGGUGUAUUCCACUACCACCCGCACCACCACGGCUCGACGUUCUUGCAGAUGGGCGGCGGCAUGGUCGGCGCCAUCUCGGUGCAGGAGACUCUUGACCACGUGGAUACGCUACUGAUCUUGCAAGCGUUUGCUUUCCGCGGUGGCAUGCUCGCCAACCUCGUCAAUGCGACGCACAUCUCGCGCAGCACGAUGCCGCUGGACGCCAAGCUCACGGCCCGCAGCCCCGAGCGCAUGGCUGCCGUCUUCCCCGACUACCAGCCGCGCAUGAGUGGCGUCCCCGGCGACUAUCCGUCGUUUUACGUGGUCAAUGGCCAGUACCAGCCGCGCAUGACGCUCAGCGACGGUGAGCGCAAGCUCUUUCAGGUCAUGAACGCGGGUCCGACCCAGAUCCUGGAACUCUCGGUGCCCGGCUGCGACGUCGAGGUGCACGCCAAGGAUGCGUUCCCGCCCGCAAUCUCGACGCCCGACUAUAUCAUUUUGACGCCGGGCGCGCGCGUCGCGCUUAGCAUCGUCUGCCACUUGAACGGGGCAAAGUCGGGUGUGUUUCCGUUCGUCUCAAUGCCGCACAGUGAAAGCCAAGAGUACAUGGGCCGCCUCACUGACGUCUACCACGGCGUCCUCGGCCUCUUUGAAGUCUACGCGAGCAACGGCGCCUCGCCCUUCACGCCGCCGCACGUCAAGCGCGGCAAGAACCUCAUGCCGAUUACACACGAGGACGAGCACAUUGAGCGCUUCCACAUUACGUUUUCGUCAGGGCCCGCGACGCUCCGGGACGGCACCAUGUACAAGUCGUACUUUAUGAACGACCGCCUCUUCUCGGUCGACCACCGCUACAAGAUGAAGCUCAACGUCCUCCACGAGUGGACGCUCGAGAACGUGUUGUCGCCGGACGAGAAGAACCACCCGUUCCACUUGCACUCGAAUCCGUUCCAGAUUGUGGCGAUGACGCACGGCCACGGCCUCGACUACUCGGUCGGCGACUGGCGCGACACGAUCACACUACCGUACGGCGGCAACGUCACAAUCCGGUUCCGGCCAUUGGAUUUCACAGGCCUCGUGGCGGCACACUGCCACAUCCUUGGCCACGCCGACGUGGGCAUGGCGCUCCUUGUCGAAAUCCAGCCCUAACCGCCCCUUUUUAUUACUAUCUAAUAUACCAUCAAAUA